ACCGCAACACCGCCAGCAAUCCUUACUUCCAUUGAUAGACGAUCGAGUCGUGUGCGCAACAACCGAGCUAGCUAGGAUGGCAGGAUGCUGGGCAGUGUUGCUGCCAUCGGCGCUGCUCGUGUGGAUCGUUUGCUGCAACUGGGUGCUGAUCAUGAGUGUGGACGCCGGGUCACCGUACGGCGCAAACAUGACUGAUCUGAUGCGCCAUGUGCAGUUCUUCGACGAGGACAGAGACGGUCUUCUUACUAUUCCGGAGAGUACUAAAGGUUUUAUUGCGAUCGGAUUGACCCCUGCCUUCGCACUUUCUUUGGCCACAGCGACCCAUGCUGCUUUCGGCCCUUUGACAACCCCUCCUGGAAAGUUACCGAGCAUAAAUAUCUACGUGUCCCACAUCCACGGAGCAGUUCAUCCAAGUGACUCGGGAGCCAUUGAUAAGAAGGGAAACUUUGUCCCCAAAAAGUUUGAAAGAAUAUUCCAGAAGUUUUCACACAGUGAGGAGGACGCCUUGUCAUGGUUGGAGAUAGAGGCGAUGCUCGUCGCAAACAGGGACUUUCUUAGACCUCUAUCAUGGCCCGAGGCUGAGACGGAGUGGCAGCUGAUCCACAUGCUAGGCAAGGACAGGCACGGGUACCUCCACAAGGACACCCUCAGAGGCGUCUACGACGGCACCGUCUUCCCCAAGAUGCGCGACCACACCAUCGACCCUCAUGCCCGUCACAGCGAUGCCUGAUGAUCCGAUGAGCUCAGCUCCAUGGAUGAUAACAUGGGUUCUCGUCUACUGCCGGUGCAAUAAUAAAACAGUGUACUGUACAUCGUCGUAUGUAAUGUACAGAACGCUAUAUACACCACGUUUAUCCACUGCCAGUGUUUUGUCGAGUGUCGCAGGCACUCGUUAAUGGCUCGAUAACACUCGACAAAUGCUUUACUGAGUGUGCUUGGUAAAUAGGACUCGGUGAAUUAUAC